AGGAGGACAACGAGACGCUCAGAGAGGAGGUCGUCGAUCUGAAGAUCACGGUCGACGGUCUGGAGACAGAGAGAGAUUUCUAUUUCCAGAAGCUCCGCGACAUUGAGAUCUUGUGUCAGGCUUUGGAGGCAAACCCAGACCCUCACAUGACGGUGUCCAAGUUCGUGGAGGAUCGUGCUAUAUGCGCCGGUCCAAGGACGAGGAGGACGAUGACCUGGCGGCCUGAGCAGCGACGCACUGGCGGGCAGUCGUAAUUCUCGAAAACGAAGAGGGGCUCUCCCGGUGCCGAGGGGCGGCGCGCCGAGGGGCGGUGCGGCGCGAGGGGGCGCAGGGCUCGCUUUUCCAGGGGAGCCGCUCCCCGCCGGGAUGCUCCCGGCCAGGCUCGAGCUCGGGCUCGGGCUCGGGCUCGGCGCUGCGCCCGCAGAGCCGCCUCGCGGGGCAGCCGGGGCCGUCCUGGAGGCGCUGUGUGGGCUGGCUCGGGGUCCUCCUGGGCUGCUCCCGGGGGCCGCCUCGGAGGCCCCGCGGGCCGCCUCGGGGAGAUCUGGGGGGGGCCUUUGGCGUCGUGCUGGGGCGGCGCUGGCUCGGGCUCGGGGCUUCGGGCUUCGGGCUGGGGCUCCGGUCUGGGCCUGGGCUCGAGCUUGGGCUCGUGCUCGCCCCCCCCCCCCCCCCCCCCCCCGCGGGCGGGCGC